UUACAAUCACAAUCCCUUCCAACAACCAUUUCUCAUUCUUUCGGUCAGGCUUCUAAAUUAUACAUUCACUUCUAACAGCUAUGAAGUGAAUUUUUAAAUUAUUUUCUUUUUAAAUCUCUAGUUUCAAAAUUCAAAAUUUUAAAAUUUCGGCCAUAGGUUUUAACGUGUUGAGUGGGCUUCGCGGAUUAAGAUGGGUUCGGAAAAACAAUCGGGUUUUCGCGGAAACUUAUUUUGGAUGAUGGAGUUCGUGGUGGACGAUAUGCUAAUAACGCGUCAGAAUAAAUGUGCACCGGAGGAGUAUCCCACCUGUGUUGAGAUUACCUUCAGGUCGUCCAUCUACCUGUGUGUCUGCGACCGGGAGUACGGAUCCUGCGUCAAUCCCACGUCGCCCCAGGUCGGCAAGUGCGUAAUGUUCACCUUGGACUCACCGGUUACGGAUGAGGAUAAGUUGUACAUUCACGUUUACAAGAAACGAUCGGGAAAUUGUAAAUAUCUUCUGGGAAUGGCCGAGAUGCAGGCUAAACCGAUCUUCGACCGGGUGAAGAAAGACUUUGAUGCACAGAAUCUCAACUGGGAGGAGAGCGUGAUGUACAAUGUGAAGACUAAGCCGAGGUUGAAGAAGUGUGUCAAGGCCAAUAGUUGUUCCUGCUAUGGCACGGUGCCAGAACGACAGGAGCAGUAUAUAGCCACUUCGGAGCUGACCAAGCGGAUGUUGCCCCUAUUCAAUCAAUGCAAAAUGCAAACCGGAAAUUUGGUUCUAUUGAUGAGAGUAGUUUGCAGUGGACCAUCCAUCGUAUCAUCCUUCGAAUUCAAUCCCCCGAAGCCCAAGUGCCCGUGUCUUGGAUGUUCUUGAGUGUCACAGUCUCAAGCUUUUGAACAGCAAAAUUUUAGUUUCGAUUUUAAAAAAGCAACGGAGAAUAAACAUUUUUUAAAAUACUACAAAAGGU